UGACUUUUGCUCGUGAAAGGAAAUUGUUCCCACGCCUACUCCCACGCCUAAACUAGGCGUGUAACUUUAAAUGUAGGGAGUUUGUUUCUUUUUGAAAAAACUAUCUAUACUUUCCUCUUUUUUGAUAAUUAAGAAUCCUACUUCACUAUAAUAUAUAGAUACCGUAUUCGUGAAUGAAUAUACAAAAACCUAGUUGAUUUUCCAUCAAACAAGCCUUAAAAUGUUACUUGAAACAUUGGCCGUUCCUGCAACACUCCUUGUGGUAUUCAUUUUGGUUCUAUCCUUUGCCUUGUUCCAUCCAAACCACCUUAAAGAUGAUAGAAAACAUCCACCGGGUCCCAAACCCUUGCCAUUUAUCGGUAACCUUCACAUGCUAGGAAAACUCCCACAUCGAACCCUUCAAGCUCUUGCCAAAAAACAUGGUCCCAUAAUGUCCAUCAAGUUAGGACAGAUCCCAGCCAUUGUGGUUUCCUCACCUGAAACUGCUGAACUAUUCCUCAAGACACAUGAUAUUGUCUUUGCCAGCAGACCCAAAACUCAAGCAUCAGAAUACCUAUCUUAUGGAAGCAAGGGCAUGGUGUUUUCUGAGUAUGGAUCCUAUUAUCGCCACGUGAGAAAGCUGUGCGCCACACAGCUUCUAAGUGCAUCAAAGGUUGAGAUGUUUCGUCCUUUGAGGAGGGAGGAGUUACGAGUGUUUGUGAAAUUGCUUGAAAAAGUAGCAGCUUCAGGUGAUGUUGUGAAUUUGAGUCAGCAGAUUGGGGAGCUUAUGUCCAAUAUUGUCUGUAAAAUGAUACUUGGCCGUACCAAAGAUGAUAGAUUCGACCUAAAAGGACUUACUCAUGACGUUCUGUAUUUGACUGGAGUGUUUAAUGUAGCAGAUUAUUUACCUUGGGCUGCCAUCUUUGAUCUCCAGGGAUUGAAAAGAAAACUUAAGAAAGUCAAUAAGGCAUUUGAUCAAGUGUUUGAGCAAAUUAUCGAAGAUCAUGAACAUCCUACGGAUAGAGACAAGAAAAGUCUAUAUUCUGAUGAUUUUGUUGACAUACUUGUAUCACACGUGCACCAAGCCAUGGAUGAGCAGGAACAGGAUCACUUCAUUGACAGAACUAAUGUGAAGGCUAUCAUAUUGGAUUUGAUUGCAGGAGCGUUUGAAACAUCAGGUGUGGCCCUUGAGUGGGCCAUAUCAGAACUCUUAAGGCACGCAAAGGACAUGAAGAAACUUCAAGAAGAGUUAACUGAUGUAGUUGGAAUGGACAGGUUUGUGGAAGAGUAUGACUUAUCAAAGCUACCUUUUCUGAAUAUGGUAGUGAAAGAGACUCUGAGGCUAUAUCCUCCUGGACCCUUGCUAGUGCCUCGUGAGUCCUCACAAGACAUUUCUAUUGACGGCUAUCAUAUAAAGAAGAAGACAAGAAUUUUAAUCAACGCAUGGGCCAUAGGACGAGAUCCUAAUGUGUGGUCGGAAAAUGCUGAUAUGUUUUAUCCUGAGAGAUUUGUCGACAGUAACAUAGACAUCAGAGGACAUGACUUUCGGCUUUUACCAUUUGGUUCUGGUCGCAGAGGAUGUCCUGGGAUACAAAUGGGUCUGACCACAUUUGGCUUUGCUUUGGCUCAGUUAGUCCAUUGCUUCAACUGGGAGCUUCCAACUGGAAUUUCUUCUGAUGAUUUGGAUAUGACUGAAACAUUUGGCCUUUCAAUACCAAGAAGUAAGCAUUUACUGGCUAUACCAACUUAUCGCCUAGCUAUUAAACCUUAGCCAAACGUUUGUUUAAGAAACUUGAUUUUAUCAGAGCAGAAGAGACAGCACCAAAAGUUUAGCAGAAAAUUAUGUGGCGAGGUUUUUGAGUAACGAGGUUAUUUGUG